AUGAAUGACUUCGACCAACCAGAAGGGGCUGAAGGAGGUGAUGAGGGUGUUCUUGAUGAUACACCUGUUAAUGAAGACGAUUUCCGGAGCGGACUAGACGGCAACGAUAGACUAGACGAUGCAAAAACCUCCAGUUUCCGUGAGAAAAAUUAGGACGACUCCUACAGAAAAAGGAAAUGGGAGUUAGACGAACUGGGCACAUACGGAAAAUUCGACAACAUAAAGUCAGAAUAUAUUAGAAGACUCCAGGAGUCCAAAUACAAUAUAAAUGCAAACGAUGGUCCAGUUUCUAGGAACCUUUUAUCCAGUUUGGACAUCACUAAAAAUAAGUUGACAUUCAAAGGAGUUGAAGUCGCUUACAUUGAUACAAAUGGUAUAUACAGAUUUUCCACCAACAAAAGAUAUAAAAAAUUCGUAUCGGAAUUCGAUACCAAAUUCAACACAGCAGUCUUUGAACACAUUCAAAAGCCUAAAAGUGUAGUCGAAGAGGAAACCGAAGGAGAAUCAUCAGGAGUAACCACAGAAGACAUCCUCGAGGACGCUAGGGAAGAAUUACGUCAGGAAACUGUCAACGCGGGUGACAACCUUAAUGACCACGCGGAAAGGUUGGGAAGUGAAGGAAAAAUAACCACACAGGAGAGGAGGGAAUUUGUUGGAGUAACCUCUCCCAAAGGACCCCCCGAAGUCAGGAUUAAAGCCCUAAGAGAACAGAAGAAAGUAUUUGAAACCAAUAUAGAACUCGCAACAGAUCCCGAAAGACGACAAAUUAUGCAAGAGGGUAGGGAUGUUGUCGAACAGG